AUGGGAAAGUCUUCCAAGGAUAAGCGUGAUGCUUACUACCGCCUCGCCAAGGAACAAGGCUGGCGUGCACGCAGUGCUUUUAAGUUGCUGCAGCUUGAUGAGGAAUUCGACUUGUUCGCCAAUGUGACGAGGGUUGUCGAUUUGUGUGCCGCCCCUGGAAGUUGGUCGCAAGUGCUUUCUCGUGUUCUCAUCAAGGGAGAGAAGUUUGGUCGUUCAGCAUGGCAAGAUCGUGAGGCCAAAUUCCGCCAGGAGAUGCUUGGCGUCUUCCCUGCUACCCCUGAAUCUGAGGUGUCUGAGAAGACAGAGACAGAGUCUCAGGAGCCCCAGCCCCGCAAGGAUGUCAAGAUUGUGUCUAUUGACCUGCAGCCCAUUAGCCCUCUGCCAGGCAUCAUCACCCUCCGCGCAGACAUCACCCAUCCCGCUACUGUCCCGUUGCUGCUCAAGGCUCUGGACCCUGAAUACGAUGCCAACUCCAAGAGCAAGCAGGCGAGCAGCCCCGUCGACCUUGUCAUCAGUGACGGUGCACCCGAUGUAACUGGUCUUCACGAUCUCGACAUCUACGUUCAAUCACAACUCCUCUUUGCCGCUCUCAACCUCGCCCUUUGCGUGCUGAAGCCCGGCGGCAAGUUUGUCGCCAAGAUUUUCCGCGGCCGCAAUGUCGACCUCCUCUAUGCCCAGCUCAAGAUCUUCUUUGAGACUGUCAUCGUCGCCAAGCCCAGAUCCUCUCGUGCAAGCAGUGUGGAGGCUUUCAUCGUUUGCAUCAACUUCCAGCCCCCAGCCGGUUUCCAUGCCAGUCUGGAGAACCCGCUCGGUGUAGGCCACGAGCUACCUAAGAUGUUGGAGGAGAGGAGGGCUCAGUUGCCGGUUAUUGCCGACGCACUGAUGCAGAACCCUGUGCUCGGAACCUGGGAUACAGCACCUACUGCUUCCGCCUCGAGAGGUGCUGGUGAAGUGGUCGAGGUUGAAGCCUACGAUGAGACGGACGAGACCUCCGAUCACGAGAAGCACAUUAGAUGGAUUGCACCCUUUAUUGCGUGCGGCGAUCUUUCAGCAUUUGAUUCUGAUGCUUCCUAUCAGCUGCCUGAAGACCAUGUUUCUCUCGACCCUGUCCAGCCGCCAACUGCACCCCCUUACAAGCGUGCGAUCGAACUUCGAAAGGCCGCAGGUGGAGCCUAUGGCAAGACAUCCGUCAAGGUGUAA